AUGGCUGACAACAACGAUAACAUUAAUGAAGUCUCAAUCUUCCCUUUCCCUUCACUCGUAGCCAAGGCUACCUUCUCUCGCUCAAGUUUCACCCGUUACAGCUCCCCGUUCGAGAUCACAUUCACCGUCGGCGAUCCCAUGGAACCAGCCCCUGCCAGCAGUGUGCUACUCCGGCAUCAGUUUUCGCAACAGAACUCCUCCAGCAUGGUGUUGGAACUGUUUCGAAAUGGGCGCAUGGUGACAUUUUGCGACAACUUCGACAACGAGGAGCAGGGCAACAAGGAUGGGUCACAUGCAGAUAGCAAUAGGACACUAUCGACAAGAGAGGCAGUUGUGGCGGCAGAGGCGACAGCUGCAGAGGAGGUUGUUGGAGAGGGAGCGGAAGACGAGGCAGCACAACCAGUGAUGAUGUCACUGAUAGACUUGUUGGAGGAGAUUGAUUGA